CAAAAACGCAAUUCCUUUCUUAAAUUCCCCUUCAACCAAUCUCUACCUCAAAAUACCAAAACUCAACAUCUCAUGUCAUCUUCCCAAAUAUUAGCUUGUUCCCAUUGCGCUCCAUUCCCUAUUUAAACAACACCCUAACUCAAGUCUCUCACUUCCACAAAAACCACUGUCCUACUACUGCUAAUUCGAAGAUGGCGAUGAGGCUGGAGAAGCUUUCGUUGCUGAUUACUCUUAUGGGGUUGAGUUUUUGUCCGUCGUUGAUGGAGGGGAAGAAGGAAAAUAGUAAUGAUUUUAUUGGAGAGGUUAAUGUGAAGCAACUAAGGAAAUUGGCAUGGAAGUAUAACGUGACAAGUUUAUUAGUGUUUGGAGAUUCAAGUGUUGAUCCUGGGAAUAACAAUUUUCUUUCCACAACGAUGAAGAGCAAUUUCCCUCCUUAUGGCAAGGACUUCUUUAACGCCCGUCCUACUGGCAGAUUCUGUGACGGAAGACUUGCCACUGACUUUAUUGCUGAGGCGUUGGGAUUUGGAGAGACAGUGCCAGCAUUUCUUGAUAGAACAUUGAAGCCAAUAGAGCUUUUGCAUGGCGUUAGCUUUGCUUCGGCAUCUUCAGGCUACGAUGAUCUCACCGCCAACUACUCAAACGUGCUGUCACUUCCAAAGCAAUUGGAGUAUUUGAUGCAUUAUAAGCUUCAUUUAAAACGACAAGUCGGCGGUGAGAAAGCAGAGAAGAUAAUAAAAAACGCCAUUGUUGUGAUCAGUAUGGGAACAAAUGACUUUCUAGAAAACUACUUCUUGGAACCACUCCGGCCAAAGCAAUUUAGCUUGGAUCAAUACCAGAAUUUCUUGGUCUCUUCCAUGUACCGUAAUGUUCAGGUGAUGCAUAGGUUGGGAGUAAGAAGGUUAGUAGUUGUGGGAGUACCGCCAUUGGGAUGCAUGCCAGUUGUGAGAACAAUAACCAAUCAGAAUACGACAUGUUCCGAAGUCUUCAACCAAGCUGCCUACGCAUUCAAUGCAAAGAUGAAGCUGAAACUGGCAGGCAUUAAGGCCAGCUUGGGUAUGCUCACCAGCUUUGUCGAUGCUUAUGCCAUCGUCCAAGCCGCUGUCCACAACCCCACCGCCUACGGUUUAAGAGAGACAGCAAAGGGGUGUUGCGGGACGGGAUUGGUUGAGUAUGGGGAGACAUGCAAGGGCUCACCCACCUGCUCCGACCCUGAAAACUAUCUGUUUUGGGAUGCUGUUCAUCCUUCCGAAAAGAUGUACAAAAUCUUAGCCGCCCAAGCCAUUCGAUCUGUUCAACAGAACAUUUUAUCCUAGUUAAUUUUCCUUCUUUUUUCUUUUACAGAUUUGCUUUUUUAUUUUCUUUGAAUACAAAUUAAUUCCCAGCGGUAAACAAUUUAUUCACAUCUAUCGUAUAAUUUUCAUUUUAAUUAACUAUAUGACAGAGAUGAAUGAGUUAUUGAAAUAUGAUUUAAUUCUU